UAUCACACGCCGAAUCCGCCUUCACUACCCCGACCCCAACCCAAGAACGGAGGGAUACAAUUCUAGGGUCACUUCCGUUUGGCUGGGAACAGCCCCCUAGAGCGAUCGUCUUUGUAUUGCAACAAAGUGGGCUGGGCAGGAGGCGGGCCCCAGAACUGAAUGCGUGCCGGAGAAUUGAAACCAGGAGGACGCCAGAGCGAAUCAAGCCGGGCCGAGGCGACCCCCGCAUCGGAGGGGUGCAGCGGUAUUCUCGCCAGCAUGAGAGAUGACAGCAACCUGUACGAGCCUCUUCUGGAGGAUGGGGACGACAGAAGGCUGAUACCUGUCCCGAGAGUCUCAUAUGUGGAGAAACUCUGGGGAAUUCUUCCACAAAACUUUGCAGCAUCGUGGCUUAAUUUUCCAAACAGCAUAGAAUAUGGCAUGCCCUGUUCCUCUCAUAAGCUUACAAGGGAGAAGUCCACUAUGACUCAAGCCACUAGAUUUGCAGCUGAAAGAAGAACCUGGGCUUUGAUUCUGGGUUUUGCUCUUCUUUCCCUCUUUCUGCUGGUUCUGUUGUGUUUCUUCUACAGUUUCUCCAUUUGCCCCUUGAGGAAACAACAAUGUCCCAUUGAAGUCAACAGGACCAAAGCUGAGGAGAACACAAUAGCGGCCAUCGUGGUUAUGCCAGAAGAUCUCAGUGUGGCAACUCUGCAGGAGGCCAGGGAGAAAGAACACUUGGAAGCCAUGAGAAAUUGCUUGGAUAAAGCCUUUGAGGAGUUUUAUCAGGAGCCAAACAUGGUAAAGAAGAAUGCCAAGAUGGUCCUUCAGUGUAAUGGAACAAGGCGGGAAUUUCUAUCCGGAAAAGGGGAAAACCACAUUGAAGUGGUCCAGAUCAAUGACAAGAUUGAUUACAUACUUGAUGAGGCCAGCCCAGAGGUUCAUAUGGCAAGGCUUGGCCGCCAUUCAUUCCCACUCAAUCUCAUCAGCAUCAAUGAAGUUCUCGAUGAUUUGGCUUCCUGGGAAGGCUCAGAGGAGCUGCAGGCCUGUCUCAACAAGGCCUUAAAGGAAUUUCCUCAAGAGCCAAUGAGUGUGCAGGACAAUGCUAGUUUGGUGGUGGUGUGUGGGAGGAAGAAUCUGACCUUUAUCUCUGGUAAAGGGCAGAAUGAGAUCAAUGUGUACAAAGAGGACACAGAUGAGGAGAUUCAGUAUCAGGUGAAAGCUACUGGAUGGGCCUGGUGGGCCAGACUUUUCACCAGAGGUGCAGGCUGAGUUCUGUGGCUCUGCUCAGAAGAUGAACUAUGAGGCACCUCCCUGCUAUGCUUUCCAAUGGACAUGGUCCCUUGUGAUCACAUCACUUCUGUGUCCUAUACCAGGGGUUCCCAACCUUGAAUCCCCAGUUGUUGAUGGACUACAGCUCCCAUCAUCCCUGGUUGGGAUUGAUGGGGAUUGUGGUCCAACAACAUGUGGGGACCCAAGGUCAGAAACCCCUGUUUGUUACAAUGCCUAUCAAUCACAUAACUAGCAGUAAACAAUCAUUUGGUAAUACUUUUUUUUUAAAAGUCACUGUUUGUGUUCAGACUAUUAUUCCAAAGCAGGAAGUGUCUCUUCUGGUUGAACAGUAAUGCCAAAUCUCAGAUUCAUUGUUUAGGCACAUACUAAUCAGAACUGCAUUUAUGCAAAGAUGAUUAAUUAUCAGAAUCUUGUAUGACAAUCUGUUUCAGCACUCAAGUGCUGCACCCUCAGUAAUUUAUUCUGCUCUCUACGUAAUGCUUUUUAAUAAAGGCUUAAAUAAACAAUA